AUGACAAGUCGAGACCCACGAGAUAUUACACCGGAUCAAAAGAAGGCGUGGGAAUCGUCGUCAGAUUUUGCCAAUUACUUUUGCACGUAUGCGUACAUUUAUCACCAAAAGCAGAUGCUGUCGGAUGAUUUACGUAUGCAGAGCUACCGUGACGCCAUCUUUGAAAACCCCAAUCACUUUAAAGACAAAGUCGUGCUCGAUGUGGGAACUGGAAGUGGUAUUUUAGCCAUAUGGGCGGCUCAGGCCGGUGCUCGCAAGGUUUUCGCCGUAGAAGCUACGGACAUUGCAGUACAGGCUCGUAAAGUGAUUAAAGCAAAUGGCCAGGACCAUAUUGUGACAGUCAUUCAGUCAAAGAUGGAAGAUGUAGAGCUACCGGAGAAGGUGGACGUAAUCAUCUCGGAGUGGAUGGGCUAUUUUCUGUUGCGUGAAUCCAUGUUUGAUUCGGUCAUCGUGGCACGUGAUCGGUGGCUCAAAUCGGACGGCGCCAUGUUUCCAUCCCAUGCCAGCAUGUCUAUUGCCCCCAUGUGUAAUGAGGACAAUAGUAACAAACGCUUUGCUGAGUUCUCGUCGGCCAUGGACAGAUGGCGCAGCUUUGUGGACAACACCAAGACGGCCUGGGGUGUCGACAUGGGCGUACUGGGUAACUCGUUCCGCAAGGAACAGGAGCAAUACUCGUUGCACACAUCGUCGUGGGAGGAACUUAACGCUGAAAGCCUCAUUGGAGACGAGGUUGAGUUUGCCAAGUGGGACCUUAAGACCUGCACGCUCGACGACAUUAAGGAGGUCAAGGCGUCCUUUGCCAUGCCAAUCUCCAUCAUGUCUCGAUUUGGUGGCAUUGCUGGGUGGUUCGACGUUGACUUUAAAGGAUGCGUGGAGAACCCGGCGGAAAAGGAAGUGACGCUAACCACGUCACCCUUUGUGCAGCCCACGCACUGGGGCCAGCAGGUCUUCCCGCUCUAUCCACCCGUUCAGGUGUGCGAAGGCGACGUGGUGGUGGGUGACAUCACCGUCAUGCGUCGCACGGAUAACCAGCGCCUCAUGAACGUUAAGUUUGACUUUCGAAUUCGCCGCCCCGAGGACACGGACGAGAGCAUGUUGGGUCCACCCAACUCGGCUGUCUUCCAGAUUGAAUAA